GCACUUGUAUACUUUGAUCCCUAUAGCUUCAGGGCACUCAUGGGCUUUGGCUCCGAUGACAAAAGUGGCAGGUGACUUUGAGCAAGUGGGCUUCUGUAACAUCAGUGUUGCUGUGACACUGAAGGAAGAACCUCGUGCUUUCCCCAUCACGGAGAGGGGGCGGAGCAUCCUCUAGGAGCUUGGAAGAAAGCUGAGCCCAGCCAGUCUUCGGGGAGGAGCUGCGUUACACACAGGCUUCGGAGGCUUCCGUGGAGAAGCUUGGAGCCGAGCCCCAGAAAGACAGUUUAACCACAGAAGUGCCGAGCCAGGUAAAGACCCUGCUGGACAAGCAACUGGAGUGAGAAUCAAGACAGCUGGACCACAGGACCAGACCCACCAGGAUCCAUGUGACAGUGGGGAAUUGCAGUUUAACUUGGUGAUUCUCUUCCCUUUGAGGGAAAGGUCCCCUGCUAGUCCCAUCACUGGGAGGGGGCGGAGCCUCGUCGGAGCCGCUCGGAAGGGAGCUGAACCCGGCCAGUAUUGGGGGAGGGGCAGCAUUUCAAGAGGCUGCAGCUGACAAGAAGCUUCAAGCCAGGGGGCGGACCCUCCUCUGAGCCUCUAGGAAAGGAGCUGUGCCUGGCCAGUCCUGGGGGAGGAGCUGCAUUUCACCAGGCUGCAGCUGACAAGAAGCUUCAAGCAUAGGUUAAUAUCAGAGAUGUACAUGACCUGGGCAAUCUGCAUGUGAUGCCAGCCAAGCCCUGAAAGACAGUACAACCACAGAUGUGCCAAGCUGGGUAAAGGCCCUGCUGGACAAGCAGUUGGAGUGAAAAUCAAGACAGCUGGACCACAGGACCAGACCCACCAGGAUCCACAUGACAUAUCUUCCAGUAUUGUCCUAUUCAAACAACGUGUUCAAGCAUCCUUGGAAAAUUGAGGUGGAGAACAGGCCACACAAGCUGUAAACCCUUUGUAGUCAUAAGACAAAAGAGGCUUUGUUAAGAGUAUUGUUUUGGGUAGAACUUGCAUUAGCAGUGACAAAGACAGCCACCUCAACCUUUGACAAUAACCCUUGGCACACAAAUAUAAACCAUAAUGGAGUCUGAGUAUGUCCUAUGCAACUGGAAAGAUCAGUUAUGGCCAGCAAAAGUUUUGUCCAGAUCUGAAACUUCAUCAAACAGUAAGAGGAAAAAUGCAUUUUCUCUAGAAGUUCAAAUACUCUCACUAGAUGAAAAAAUUAAAUUGGACAGCACAGAAACAAAGAUCCUAAAUAAAUCUCAAAUUGAAGCCAUUGCUGCUUCAUUAGGACUACAGUCAGAGGACAGUGCUCCACCUACAGAGGAAACUGCCUAUGGAAGAUCAAUGAAAGUGGCACUGGGUAUUCUGAAUGAGAGAACAAAUUUGAGUCAAGCAAGCACUUCAGAUGAAGAGGAGAUCACUAUCCUGUCUCAAAAUGUACCACAAAAACAGUCUGAUUCACCCCCUCAUAAAAAAUACCGGAAGGAUGAAGGCGACUUACCAGGGUGUCUUGAGGAAAGUGAAAACUCAGCAUGCUUGUUAGCAUCUUCAGAGAGUGAUGAUUCCCUGUAUGAUUGUAAAUCACAAGCGCACACAAUGGUCGAUACUAUUCCAAGUGAAGUGGAAACAAAGUCAUUACAAAACUCUAGCUGUUGCGAGACUUUCCCUUCACUUUCGGAAGAUAAUGAUGAAAAAGAGAACAAGAAUAAGAUUGAUAUCUCAGCAGUUAUGUCUGUGCAUUCUGCAGUCAAAGAGGAAAGUGCAUGUGUUAAAGAUGAAAAGUUCACUCCACCUUUGUCAUCAGAUAUCCUCACUAUGCCCAAAGCUUUGAAAGAAAAGAGCCAGGAUACCUGCCCAGAGACCCUGGCUGUUCCCUCUGAAUGCUCUGCUUUCUCAGAGAAUAUUGAGGAUCCUGGAGAGGGUCCCUCAAAUCCAUGCUUAGAUACCAGCCAGAAUCAACCUUCCGUGGAAUCAGAGAUGGGAGCUUCAGCGUGCCCUGGGAGUUGUUCAAGGGAAUGUGAGGUUUCAUUUAGUGCUUCUAACCCUGUCUGGGAUUAUUCACGUCUUAUGAGUAGUGAAAGAAAUUUUCAGAGACUGGAUUUUGAAGAACUUGAGGAAGAAGGUGAAGCCUCUGACAAGUCAUUGCUUCCAAGUCGCAUUAAUCUUUCUCUAUUAGAUGAUGAUGAGGAAGACGAAGAACUUCCACGCUUCAUUUUACAUUAUGAGACACGUCCAUUUGAAACAGGAAUGAUAGUCUGGUUUAAAUAUCAGAAAUAUCCAUUUUGGCCAGCAGUGAUAAAAAGUAUCAGACGAAAAGAGAGGAAAGCAAGUGUGCUUUUUGUUGAGGCAAACAUGAAUUCUGAAAAGAAGGGCAUUAGAGUAAAUUUUAGAAGAUUAAAGAAAUUUGAUUGUAAAGAGAAACAAAUGCUAGUGGACAAAGCCAGGGAGGAUUACAGUGAGAGUAUUGACUGGUGCAUCUCACUAAUUUGUGACUACAGAGUUAGAAUAGGUUGUGGUUCUUUCACAGGCUCUUUGCUUGAGUAUUAUGCUGCUGAUAUUAGUUACCCAGUUAGGAAAGAAAUAAAACAGGAUACUUUCAGGAACAAAUUUCCAAAGCUGCAUAAUGAAGAUGCCAGGGAACCAAUGGCUGUGACUUCCCAGACCAAGAAAAUGUCCUUCCAAAAAAUUCUCCCUGACCGGAUGAAGGCUGCUCGGGACCGAGCCAACAAGAACCUGGUGGACUUCAUUGUGAAUGCAAAGGGAACAGAGAACCAUCUUCUGGCCAUUGUAAAUGGCACAAAAGAAUCCAGGUGGCUGAAAUCAUUUUUGAGUGCAAAUAGGUUCACACCCUGUAUUGAAACAUACUUUGAGGAUGAAGAUCAGUUGGAUGAAGUGGUGAAAUAUUUACAAGAAGUCUACAAUCAGAUAGAUCAAAUAAUGCCAACUUGGAUAAAAGAUGAUAAAAUUAAAUUUAUCCUAGAAGUUCUUCUGCCAGAAGCAAUUAUUUGUUCAAUUUCUGCUGUUGAUGGGUUAGAUUACGAGGCAGCUGAAGCAAAGUAUCUAAAAGGACCAUGUCUAGGCUACAGGGAAAGAGAAUUAUUUGAUGCAAAAAUAAUAUAUGAAAAGAGACGAAAACCACCAACAAAUGAAGCUCACUAAAUGUGCUGAAAGUUGAAACCAUGACAGGGAGCUCUCACAGAUACUAGUUGAAAAAAUCUCUGAACAAUUCUCUCUAAUACAUAUUUUCUGCAAAUGGGAGAAUGGAUAAUGUGUUCACUUUUUUUUUGAGAUCUCUAGGAUCUGUGGUUAUAAUUACAUCUUUAUUUCCUUUUCUUGUGCUUCUUCAAAGUUAAUUUUGUCAACAUAUUUCAGCAGUUCUACUUUCCCGUACAUUUUUAGAAAGCAUAAUUCCUAAAUGAUUUCGAAGGGAAAGUACUAUUUUGUUUUAUGACACUUUUGAGUCUAUGCUGUAUUGUUAAAUAUAUUGUGCACAAUUAUUUUAAUGCUAAAAUUGCACUGGUGUUAGAGAUUAACGAAGAUGAUUGGAAAAAAAGCCUAAAAGAUACAUCAUUUCUAUAUUCCUUGCUUAAUUUUUAUAAAAUAUUGAGUUUUCCCUUAAGAUAGUUGAAUUAUUUUUCUUGCCAUGCCUAUUUAUUUUUGCAAAAAAAUUAUCUGCUAUAUAGAACCAAAGAUAGAUUCACUUUGCUAUAUAACUAUACUUGCUUUUGAAAUAAAACAACUUGUAAUUCAAAAAUGAAGAUUAUCUGCAUAUAGUAUUUAUGUGUGUGAAUAACAUCUUGGCAUGCAGAAAAUAAUUUUGGCUGCUUUGAACAGGAUUGUUCAUUCUACACUUCCCUGAAAUUCCAUUUUUGGGAGUGUCUAUCCUUCAAUGGCUGAAUAGUUCCUUAAAUCAGACAAGCUCCUGGCUACCUUCAUAACCAACAGUGAGUGGAUCUUCUUAAUAUAGCUGUCUGACCACAUGUGGAAGGCAGCUAGACUUAUUGUAUUUACAGCCUGGCCACUCUACACAUAUGAAUCCAGGCUGACUGCUUAAGUGCCCAACUCGUUUGAUAUAAACUGUAGAAAAGGCAAGCACUUUGUUCUGAGUCUUUUAUCUCCAAAUACAUAGUUGUCUCAAACCAAGCAAGCUUUAUCAAAAUGGCUUAUUUGUAGAAUAGUUCCAAUGAUAUAAAUGCCAACUGCCAAGUCAUUCCAAACUGCUUGAAGGAGUAGAUGAACCAGAAUCUGAGAAUUUGGAAAUAGGUCACAGAAAAAGCCUCCAUUUGGCUAAAUAUGACAAUUAUCUGAGUAUGGUUAAAUAUAUACAAUUAGAAGUCUGAAGCCAAUGAGUUGUUUAUUCUAACUUGAAAUAUAUUUUUGUGAGAAUAAAUGUUAGAAAAGUUCAUCUAUUUUAAAAACCUGCCAUGAAAGGAAAUUCUAAGGGCUUAACAUGAAACUGUCUGCAUUUUUACCUGUUAGACAAUGGUUGCUCUUGGGCUCUUGUUAUACAGUCACAUGGCUACACGUUUAUGUAAAGUUUGCAAAAGUUUGGUGUUUUGAUUUAUAAUAAAACUGUUAUAUUAUUCACCUUG